AUGAUCUCGGUUUUACUACUGCUUUCGUGUACCAUCGUUAUUGUGCUAUCUACGCAACCAGUUGUAAGCUUACAUCUAUGUAAGACUGAUAAUGAUGUUUGUGUAACGAAUGCUGUAAAAGCGGCAUAUCCCUUGAUACUCGAACCUAAUGAAAACAUCGGUGCUAAAGACAUGGACCCCUUAUAUCAAGAAAUUAUUGAAGGCAACUUAUCUACAUUGAAGUUUAAGUUCUUAAAUAAUACAGUCAUUGGAUUCAAAACAUGUGAAGUCCAAACCGCAAAAUUCGUAGAUAAUAAUGAAGAUAUUUUACGUAUCGAUCUUCUCUGUCCAAAAUUUAAAUUACAUGGUCUCUACGUAAUCAAAGGUCAACUAAUUACAAUUCCUAUAGAAGGAAACGGCAACUACGUACUGGAUACAAAAAAGUACAGUAUAACUGUGGAUUUAGAGUUAAAAACAAUUACCAAGCAUGGCAAGAGCUAUAAAAGUGUCAAGGGUUUCAAGACUAAGGCAGAAGCGUUAGAAAAAGUUACAUAUGACUUAAGAAACUUGUUCAAUGGACGACAAGAUUUAGCUGAAGUCGUCCUUAAAUUCGCAAACGAGCACUGGAAGGAAGUUGCCAAUGAUGUCCAAUAUCCGGUGUUGACAGCAGAUAUAAAAAAAAUUGUAAAGAACGCUAACGCAUACUUGAAGACUAUACCUAUUGAUGAAUAUAUGGUCCAAUAA